CUGGCUCGACGCCAUAUCAAAUUGACGACUCAUCUUCAUCGCUUCUUUAUGACGUUACCGCUUGUCGACACACAUUGCCACUUGCACGACGAGCGUCUGUGGUCCAGUGACUCUCCAUCAAGCCGUCGCGCGUUUGAAGACGUGGUUCAUAGAGCUCGCAAUGCUAAUAUUACUCAUGUCGUGUCCUGCGCCACUCACGAACGAGAUUGGCGUGUCUUGGAGCUGUUGAUGGAGCAGCAGAAAGAUGACAAGGCGGUAGCUAUCGUACCAUCUUUCGGUAUUCACCCCUGGUGGGCUCAGGAUCUGUGGCCGGCGACAUCGGACAGCUUAGAUCCACUUCGGAAUGUAUUGACGCGCUAUCCAGCUUCGAGUGUGGGAGAAAUUGGCUUGUGCAAAAGUGUCCGGGGUCGACAAGUGCCACUGGACGUGCAGAUGACUGCGUUUCGAGUGCAACUGGAGUUGGCGGCAGAGUUAAAAAGAACCAGCGUUCUGCACUGCGUGGGGUACCACGGCAAGUUGUUGGAGGUUUUGCAAGAUGUUGCAAAGGGUGGGAAGUUGCCUCCGAUACUUGUGCUACACUCGUAUAGUGGUCCUCCAGAUAUGAUACGGUCGUUCUUACGGCUACGCGACACGAGAGUUUUCUUCUCGUUGAACGCCAAGCAGUUGACAGACCCGCAAAUGAAGAAAGCAGCGGCAUGUUGUAAGGAAAUGCCGUUAGAGUCACUACUGCUUGAAACAGACGCACCAGAUCAAGCUCCUUCCGCUGAACAAGCCGAAAAGGUUUUCAAUCGUGAGGCUCUGGACGCUAAAGGCUUGCCUUUGUUGCUCCAGCAGAGCUCAACUGACGUCAAUGAGCCUGUAAUGGUGAAGCUAGCACUACAAAGUGCAGCGGAGAUUCGAGGUGUUGGCUUAAACGAUCUAGCUGCGGCAGUAUAUCAAAACUGUAAAACUGCUUUUGGGAUCGACGACUCAAUAUUAAACUGA